UUCCAGAGAGGGCUCGAAGGACACGCGACAGAUUCCCCCCGUCGCGCUUAUAAUCCAUCAAUGGCGCAGAAGCGCCCCACUCUUGUGGCUUGGAGCAGCGACGGAGGCGUUGAGCAAAGGAGUAGCUUUCCUGUGGGAUCUUGAUUCGGUUGGAUUUCGUUCCGGAAGAUUAGGAGAUCGACGGAGACCCGGUGGCACGGCGCAGUUCUGCCGCAUGAAGACGAAGCGGAAAGACUUGGAUGAGGCGUGCGACGAGUUUAUGGAGUUCUCUCUCUCGUCCCCGGCGAGAAAGAUACGAAGAUUGGAUCCCGAUGAGUUUUCACCGAUCGUGGAAGAGGUUGAAACAGCAUCCGCUACGGAAUUUGAUGACUCAGUUUCUAGUGUCAGCGGCGACGAUUUCCUGCCGAGUUCGGAAUCCUUGCACAAGGAGGACUCGCCUCCGUAUCCUUCCAACGACGAGAGAGCCAUCGUUCUCUACAAGCACGUGGAGUCACCAAUAUUCUUGUCCCCUGGUUCAUCUAAUCUGUCUGUUCGCGUCACCUCGGACUUAAUCCAUGCUCUCAAGAAUCAAGUUUUCAAGCCAGGGAAUCAGAGGUUUCAAGCGAAGGAUGAGGCGGAAGCUGCUAACUCCAGCUCUUUGGCUCUUGUUCCAUGGGCGCCAUCCCAAGCUGCCAUGGCCACGGAGGAAGCUGAAGCUACAUCCAUGGAAGUUGAGGAGGAGGUGAGGCAAGUGACUGGAUAUGGCGCAGGAGGUGAAGGACUCCAGCAGCUGCCUCAGCACUGCAUGAUCACUCAGGUCCUUCCGAACACCUCCAAUCCCAUAAUGUGGUCGUGGUGAGGAAGGAGAAGAGAUCCACAGAGAUGAUCGUCUCAAAUUGCAAUGCCAUUCUAUUUCAAAUUUGCUCUUUGUAUUGCUCUUGUCGCUCAUGAACAAAGGCCUAGCAAUCAGAUUUCAUAGUUAGAUCUGUCAAUUAGAGCUUUAUCGGCCGCCCCCUGUUGGUAGUUGCUGCGCCGCUGACGAUGAAUAAAUAAAUGCUUUUAUAAUUUUUUAAAAAAAAUAUUUUAGAUGUGUAA